AUGUUUGCCCGCGCCGCUAACGUAACCCGCACUGGUAUGACCAAUCUGGUCCGAUACUCCCACUCGCACGGAGGAAUCCCUGGCGAGAACCUUCCGUUCAGUCUGACCAACCGGUACAAGCUGACCGCCAUGUUCAUCGUGUUCUUCGGUUCCGGACUGGGCGCGCCAUUCUUCAUUCUCAGACAUCAGCUGUUGAAGAAGUAA